AUGGAGGCGGGCAAGAAGCCCACCACGGCUGGAGCCCCAGCAGCACCCACCUCGGCUGCUGGUGGACCAAGCUCCGUCGGCGAGCCUCCCGCACCCGCUCAAGCGCAAUCGAGUCGAGGUGAAAAUGCGACGACGACCCACGGCCAUGGGCCGCUUCCAAGCCCGGAAUCGCUGCAGUACCCUGACGAACGGAGCGCCGGAGAUCAGAGUCUGCAUCCCGCCCCGGCGAACCAUCCUUCGCGCAAUAAACAGACGGAUAUAGGAGACGGUGCGGACGAAUCUGCCACCGAGAGACAGGCAGCUAUGGACAUGGUAGAUCGGGCCAACGCCGGCCAGCCGGUAUUGUCGGGGCCAGAUCCGUUGGGGCUGGCAAAGAGCGAUCCGCCUCAUCAGGAUGGGACAACAGACGAAGGGACUGCGCAGGCCAGCUCGGGCCAGCUCCAAGCCCGAGGGCAGGAACAAAAGGUCUCGCCCAAGGCGUUUGGGUCGAGCCUAUGGGGUACUUCGACCUAUAACCCUGACGACGAGACUGACAUGUACUGGGAGCACGGACGCAGGUAUGCCCGGGAUUAUUUCAUGCCGAACGACGAGGACGAGCAAGAUCGCCUGCGUAUCCUGCACCAGAUCUACCUGAACAUCUUCAACCUGGAGCUGACGACGAUACCGCUCGAGGACCCCACGGCGGUCUUGGACGUCGGGACGGGCACGGGCGAGUGGUCGAUGGCCAUGGCGGAGAGUUGGCCAGAGUGCAAAGUGACCGGCAUCGAUUUGUCGCCGACCUUUGAGAGGGCAGUGCCCCUGAAUUGCCACUUCGAGGUCAUGGACGGAGAGGAUCCCUGGCCGUGGGAUGACAACACGUUCGACAUGGUGCAUUAUAGGCACAUGUCUGGCGCGUUUCGAGACUGGAACUAUGUUUAUGGCCAGACGCUGCGUUGUCUGAAACCAGGCGGCUGGGUAGAGAUCUUGGAGUUCCACGACCACGAGGGAGAGAAGAAUUUCUAUGAUCGCUUCCCCCCACACUCGCUAAUGCAUAAGGCAGCCAAGGGGAUCGAGGAGGCGGAGAUAAUCCACGGCAAGCACAGAGGGAUAGACCACAUGGAGCCGGAGCUGCUCGAGAACAACGGGUUCGUCGACUGCGAGGUCCACGAGCACAUCAUCCCGCUGGACCCGUCCAACUCGCCGCUCGGCAAGCUGUGGCUCGUCACGCUGCGGGCCGGCUUCGAGAGCUACGCGUUGAGGCUGCUGACCAAGUACCUGGGGUGGGACGCGGCCUCGGUACGCAUGGCAUGCGAGUCCGUCGGCCAGCAGAUGAUCGCCAUGGCCACGAACCCGGCGCUGAACAAAGGAUUCCAGAUCCGGCUGAGGGUGACGAUCGCGCGGAAGCCGCUGGAACCAAAGACCGAGCUCGGCCACGGCGGCGAGGGGUUGGUGCCCUAG